CCAAUCAGCCCGUUAGGAGUGGCUCCACCUCCGUUAUUAGAGACGUUGUGAUGUUAAAGUGAUGUUUGAUCUUUAGGAGACAUCGACAGAGAUGGAGCUUCUUCCUCUUCUGUGUCUCUGCCUCCUGACUCGCUCUGGAAUCACGUCUGCUCAACUAAACAGGCCAAAAGUCAUCAAAGUGGAAGAAGGCAGUGAUGUUACUUUACCCUGUUCUCUCUGGCCCAAGAAGGAUCUUCGGUCAACACAGUUCGUCUGGGAGAAAACUUAUGAUGAUCAGAAGGUGUUCCUGUAUGAUAAUGGUGAUCUUUACAGUGACGAGCGUCCAGGUCAGAGUGAGCAGUUCAAAGGUCGAGUCUCACAUUUUCCAGAUAAACUGGAACAAGGCAACGCCUCCAUAAUCAUCAGAAAUACAAGGAGGGCUGACAGUGGAGAAUACAGAUGUAGUUUUCCAUUAAUUCCGAAACAUCAAAUAUUCUACAUUAAGCUUGUUGUUGGGCCAGAAGUCAUCAAAGUGAAAGAAGGCAGUGAUGUUACUUUACCCUGUUCCCUUUGGACCAAGGAGGACAUUCGGGUAACAUGGUUUAUCUGGAAGAAAACUGAUGAUGGUCAGAAGGUGUUCCUGUAUUGUUAUGGUGAUCUUUACAGUGACAACCUUCCAGGUCAGAGUGAGCAGUUCAAAGGUCGAGUCUCACAUUUUCCAGAUGAACUGAAACAAGGCAACGUCUCCAUAUUCAUCAGAAAUACGACGAGGGCUGACAGUGGAGUCUACAGAUGUGACGACGGAGAUAAGACGGCUUCAGACAGCUGUUUGCUAGAACUUCACUGCACAACACGCACUGAGGCUUCGGGCAAUCUGUAUCGCCGAUCCAAGUGA